UUUGGAUUUAUUCUUGCGUUCGCAACAAUCUUCAAACGUAAGGAAUUCCUACAAAUUACAAGUAUUUACUCGUAAGUUUUUUCAAAACAUUGCUUCGAAUCAUCAAAUUAACAAAUCUUAUAUUACACAUUGUAUUUAGUAUAUUUGUUUGACAAACCUAACCUCCCUAUUUGGGGAGAUUUUGGAAAAGCCGUUAUAGAAAAUUUUGGGGAAAUGGCACAAAACCCCCAAAUUUUCCCCAGAAUCUUAUAACACUUUGGGGAAACUCUACGCUCUGUGAUUGCACUCCAAUAUUUUUUUUCGCAUUUUGUGGAAAUUCUGCACGAUUUCGGGUUACCCCCGAUAAUGCAUUCGGAAAAACCCCAAGACCACCGAUUGUACAAAAAAGCCUAUCGACUUCAUAACAUAUACCCAAGAGUUACUACUCACCUACUCAAUUUUACUUCUAGUUGACUUCGCAAAACGGACGCAGUUCCAAUUGGAACCAAUUGCUUUAAAGCAAUUGAACCAUAGUCGGUAACAAGAACCGGUCUGUCGAGAUAGAUAAGCAUUGCCUUGACUUGAUGUCAGUUACAUGUUGCCUUAAGUCAACUGAUUGAUCAAAGAGCGUUCGUGGUGGAGUAUUGAAUGUUAUCUCUAAUUUAUAAGGAAUACCAACAUGAAAAGACCCUCAGAAAAGCUCAGCUGGAGACGAAAAAGCGGACUAUGCUUGUUUCAAUUGAUGAAAUGACAAAUGGAUUAUUAACCAAAAUCGAUGAAAAUGUAUCAAAAGCAUAUAUAAAUCAGCAUCGACUAAACAGUGAAUUCAAAGAGUUAAUAACUCAAUUACAUAUUUAUCAAAACCAUGUCAAUGUCUGGCUGAAGCUUGUUUCCGAUAUUCGUAAUGUUCUUAAAGAACUAGGUGAUGUUGAAUGUUGGUCCAUGAAAAUGGAACAAGAUGCAAUGCUAAUCGACAGUUGUCUACAAACAGUGCUCAGUCGUUAUUGAACACUAUUUUCCAUGAUUAUAAAAUUUGAUUUGGUUGUUUUAAGUGCAUACAUUUUGUAAUUUAUAAUUUUCCAUUAUCCUAUUUCAAAAUUAUAGUAUUUACUUAACAUUCAAUCAAAAUGAUAAAAUAAUUGAGCAG